UCCUGAUAGCACUCUUCCAACAUGUCAGCUGGAAAUUGUGGGUGGUGGAUGUAUCAUCAUAUGAUAAGAAAAUAAUGACUGAUGACAGGCUAAGUGACCAUCCAAAACAGCAGACGACAUGAAUUCAGACGUAGAAAACCAAAUCAGAUUGAACAACCCGUGGCAAAAACUACCAGCAGCCAUCAAACAAAUUCUUGGCAAUUCACAGAGGGAAUAUGACAAAGCAAUUGUCCAGUUUAGCAUUAAGAAUCAGUUGCGCUAUAAAGGUAAUUUAGUUCGGACCGUGAGGAAGGAUGAGCGCCGAUACUAUGAAGACUUGAUGCACUACAGUCAGGAGCAUCUGAUGCUGUACCCCUAUCACCUGUCUGAUGUCAUCGUCAAGGGGUUAAGGGUCACACCCUUCACCUACUACAUCAACAUGAUGUCAGACAUUAUGACCCAGGAGAAGAGCUACGAUUCUCUGCCGAACUUUACUGCUGCGGACUGUUUGAGACUUCUGGGAAUAGGCCGUAAUCAGUACAUUGAUCUAAUGAACCAAUGUAGAUCUUCAAAGAAAUUUUUUCGACGAAAGCCUCCUAAAGACCUCUUGCCAUCACAACCAGUAGAAACAGUGACCUUUGAGCACUGGUGGCUAGUGAAUGUAGGCUACAUCACAGAAGAAGAUGUCAAGAUGUGCUCUGUAUCAGAGAAGAAUGUGAUAGAUUCUAUAAUAGACAGUGAGGAGAGCUGUCAGUUAGCUGGGGAGAUGGACUACAAAAUUAUUCAAAGUCUCUAUAGAAAGGGAUUAAUUUACCUUAAUGUUCCUAUAAAGGAUGAUGAUUGUAUAAUAGUGCCGCCUCUGGAGGGAUUUGUUAUGAAUCGUGUACUCGGUGACUACCUGGAAACUUUGCUGUAUAAGAUAUUUGUCUCCAUUGAUGAACACACGGCUGUGUCUGAGCUUGCCCAUGUUUUGCAGAUUGAUUCAGAAUUAGUAAAGAAUGCUAUUUCUAUGUACUGUCGACUUGGGUUUGCCAAGAAAAAAGGAGCGGAAAAUAUUAACUCCGAAGACCUCCAUCCUUCAUGGGUUAACCUUCAGCCAGCAAAUAAAAAGAUGACCAAGGACCAGAUCAUUUUAGACUGGAAUGAGAUAUCAGAAGAGGCAUUGCUGGAGGCCAACAAAAACCCGGUAUCACAAGACACAAACAGUCAGGCCAACAAGAGUGCUCUAGAGACUGCCAUGGAAGAUACAAGUCCUACCAGUGGUGCUACCAGAAGAAUAGCUUUCCUGUUUGACUCUACAUUAACAGCUUUCCUUAUGAUGGGGAACCUGUCUCCAGGAUUAAAAAGUCAUGCUGUGACUAUGUUUGAAGUGGGAAAGCUUAGCGAUGAAUCAUUGGAUAGCUUCCUAACUGAACUUGAAAAAGUUGGUUCAGAAGCAGAGGGAGAGGCCAGAAGGUACUUUGUUCAUGCUCUGACAUUACGUGACACGGUCCGCUUUCUUCGUUACAACAAAGAACUGAACAUGGACACUGAGAAUGGUAAUGGCCUAGCGGUAGACUUGAUCAGGUGCGAGAGUCUGCUUGGUUUGGACGCAGCAACCAGAGCCAGGGUUCUCAACCGGAACUAUAGUUUACUUGUGUCGAUGGCUCCACUGAGUUACGAGAUUCGUCCAGUCAGUAGUUGUGUCCCACAACACAUAGGACCAGCUAUUCCAGAGGUAAAUUCUGUGUGGUUUAAGUUGUAUACUUACCAUAUAUCAGGCUGUGGGCCACCUAGUCUUUUACUUGUGAAGGGAACUAAAUUACGUAGACUUCCAAAAAUGUUUUAUGAUUAUGACAGAUUGUUGGUGACAACAUGGGGACAUGAUCCAGGUGUCAUAGCAACAUCAAACAUUCUCCUGACCUUAAAUGAUGCUCUUACACACUCAGCUGUUCUUGUUCAGGCACAUGGGUGGCAGUCGGAAGGAAAAACAGUCACUGUGGCCUUCCCAUUUGAAAAGGAAGAAUCAGGUGAAUUCUCAAGUGGUGCUUACCAGAAACAUAGUGCAAUACAAACAAUAUCUCAAAAGAUAGACUUAAAGAACACUUGUGGGUAUAUCACCCUGCUAAACACUGGCAAGGAAAGCCGGACCGUGUGGAAAGACACCCAGGAUGAUGACUUCUAUGAAGGGGAUGUGUUUAAUGAAGAGGAAAUCAGUGAACCAUGCAAUGGGGUCAAGGAUCAGCAAUCGGCUGAUGUGUUGGCCAUGGAAAUUGACAUGCUUGAAUUAGAAAGUGACCCAGCAGAGAAUUCAAAUACAAAAUCUUUGAAUCGUAAUCUAAAAUUAGAUCUCGCUAAGAAACAAGUGUCAUGUGAUGUGAGUAAGGAAGAGGAUUGGGCGUUAUUAGACUGUUAUUUUGGCAUUCCGUUGUUUGACUCCAAUCUCAACAAAGAAAUCUGUUCAAAGGUUGUUAACUUUGGCCUAUUUAAACAAGAAGGCUUACAAGAAUUAUUGCAUUCCAGUAGGAAGCUUUCUCUAAGACUGCUUAAUUUUAUUUCUCAGUAUCAGGACAUUCCUACCAAUGAUACAAUAUCUGAUCCCUUGUUGCCUAGCGACAGUGAACAGACUCCUCCCCUGCCUACAGUUUGUUUACAGUUUUAUAAAGGAAAACUAGAGCGGUGGAAUAGCAGAUGAAGAUAUGACAGGGUGUAGAGAAGACUGUGUUCAAAUUACAUAUGCGCAAAAAUUACUUCUGUUUCUCCAUUGUCACAGUUGACAUAUCUUUGUAGCCCAAUACCCUUGAUAUAUUUCUCUCCUAAUAAGGCGGGAAGCAUAUCAAGACCACUUAGAUAAUGAUGUUGCAAGUGACAGAAAGAAGAGAAAAUUUGCCGUUUCUGCAUUAUUUAUAAAAGAAGAUAUGUUG